CCAAGCUGAUGAUGCUUUCUCUUCUUGGAGCUACAGCACCGGCCCCGGAGCCAGAUCAGGAUGUGUCUCGGGAAGUGGUUCCAGCAGCCACUCUGGCACCCGCUGCACCUCUGGGGCCUGAGCUGGUCCCCGCCAUCCCUGCUGCGGCUGCUCACUAUGGGAUAGGAAGACCAGUGACCCCCCCUGACCCGUUGGGGCCAGGGCAGAUGGUCGUCAGGGCCCUCGUUCACUUCUCUGCCACGGAAGAGCCACCAGGCCUUUUGACUUUCCUGGAUGACCAGCAGGGUCCUGCCCCCGAGCUGCCGCCCCCUGCGUCCGUGGAGCAAGCAGGCUCGGCCCCCGAGCUGCCGCCCCCUGCCUCCGUGGAGCAAGCAGGCUCGGCCCCCGAGCUGCCGCCCCCUGCCUCCGUGGAGCAAGCAGGCUCGGUCCCCGAGCUGCCGCCCCCUGCCUCCGUGGAGCAAGCAGGCUCGGUCCCCGAGCUGCCGCCCCCUGCCUCCGUGGAGCAAGCAGGCUCGGUCCCCGAGCUGCCGCCCCCUGCCUCCGUGGAGCAAGCAGGCUCGGCCCCCGAGCUGCCGCCCCCUGCCUCCGUGGAGCAAGCAGGCUCGGUCCCCGAGCUGCCGCCCCCUGCCUCCGUGGAGCAAGCAGGCUCGGUCCCCGAGCUGCCGCCCCCUGCCUCCGUGGAGCAAGCAGGCUCGGUCCCCGAGCUGCCGCCCCCUGCCUCCGUGGAGCAAGCAGGCUCGGUCCCCGAGCUGCCGCCCCCUGCCUCCGUGGAGCAAGCAGGCUCGGUCCCCGAGCUGCCGCCCCCUGCCUCCGUGGAGCAAGCAGGCUCGGCCCCCGAGCUGCCGCCCCCUGCCUCCGUGGAGCAAGCAGGCUCGGCCCCGGAGCUGCCGCCCCCUGCCUCCGUGGAGCAAGCAGGCUCGGUCCCCGAGCUGCCGCCCCCUGCCUCCGUGGAGCAAGCAGGCUCGGCCCCCGAGCUGCCGCCCCCUGCCUCCGUGGAGCAAGCAGUCUCGGUCCCCGAGCUGCCCCCACCUGCCUCCGUGGAGCAAGCAUGCUUCGCUCCCGAGGAGCACCUCGUGCUUGCUACAACCAGAAAGCGUGUCUUUCCCAUCCCCCUUAUUGCAUUUUUUGUAUUUCUUCUCUUUUGUGUGUAUGUAUAUAAUUACAUACUAGAUUUAAUUAAAGACAGUAGAACUUGAGUUUACAUAA